CUUGUUGAACUCGAGAACAGUGUUGCGCUAGCUUCGGAGUUCCUUUCUGUCUCCAUGGAGACAACAUAUGAAGUCAUAAACAGUCCUCAAAAAGCUCCCCCGCCUAUCACAGCGGAACAACGCCCUUACCUAUAUGACGACAUCCUAUUGCACAUCCUUGACUUCGCCACCAAAGGUGUAGUCGGCACUCUCAUGCAGACGUGCCGCAUGUUCCACGAGCGCGGUACAAAUUACCUCCUCCAGGACGGCGUCUUCCUCGCGACCAACAAGCAGAUCCUGUCGUUCAUGCUCUUCAUCGUCGGCAACAGCGGCGACGACUUGCGGCCGCGUAUCUUACGUCUUCGCCAGUUGACAUUGUCCAGACAACGACGUCUCGACGAUACAACAGACUCCGACCCAGGGCCUUCUUCAGAAGAGACCGGGAUCUUCCUCCAUGGGUUCUUCAAAGCCAUCGCCUCCUUCGGCUGCUUGAUCCGAUUGACUCUCUACGACUGCGAGGAGCUCCUGGGCCUGCAUCCCGAGCUCCCAGAGGCCAUCGCCGGGCUCCGCACGAUCAUCCAGCUCAGUGUCUCCUUCGCGGGCGCCCGCACCGUACGGAUGCUCAAAGCGCUCCGCUCCACGCUCUUCUACGCCGACAUCAGCAUCGAGUCCGAAGCGGGGGACAACGAGAGCGAGCUCCUCUUCGACGACCAGAACCCCAUGUUCCUCCUGCACGGCUCCCAGCACACCCUGCGCCAGCUCUCCACGACCUUCUCCACCAGCGCCCCCGACAGCCCCGUGUUCCCGCGCGUCACCGCGCUAAACCUCAGCUACACGGACAUCCCGCGCACGCAGCAUUACGUGCGUGCGUUCCCCGCCCUGCGCGUGCUCACGACGGACGACUGUUGCGGGUGGGGCGACGGCGACGACUACGACGCGCAGCGCUCGCGGAACCAGCGCGAGCAGGACCGCAUGGGGACGUGGCCCGCGCUGCAGAGCUUCCGCGGGUCCGUCAUAUGCCUGUACCUCCUCGGGCUGCGCUGCCCCGUCGGCGCGCUGGAGCUCGACCAUGAGGAGGAGACGCUGGACCCGACUAUGCUGCAUGCGGUGCUGGGGGAUGCGCGCCCGCAGCGGCUGCAGCUGCGCAUCGAUGGCGGGGAGUGGCUGGUCGACUCCGACUUUUUGGAGACGUUCGCGCAACCCGGCGUACAGGGGCUCAAGCGGUUCGAGCUCUUCGUCAACCUGCAACGGGAGGACCGAGAUAUGGACAUUUCUGCUGCUUUGGACCCGGUCGUGCUGGCUUCGCGCAUCGUCUCGCCGCUGAAGAAUCUCGUCGAGUUCAGGUUUUGCUUGGACUGCUCGUCUAUCAAACGCAUCGCUUAUGGAGCGGAUCCGGCCGAAGAGAAUCCGCUUGAGCCGGUCGAGGAGGCCUUGGAAGGGUGGGAUGUCGAUGAAUUCGCACACCGCAUGCAGCGGGAGCUAAGCGUGUCCGCGAAGCUCCAGUCAACUACUGUAUCCAUCCAGGGCCACCGGACACGGAGUGCGGAGACAUUCACGGUCGGCGAGACAUUGUCUCUCGAUGACGACCCGGGCGACGAUGAAGAUAGCAGCGAAUGAAGUAAUGAAAAAACGUAGGGCUAUCCUUUAGGCAGCGAGCGUAGAGACUCUGUACGCAUAGACACUUCUGUCCUCUCAAACGC